CAUUCUUUUAGUCGUUGAGGUCACCUUUUUUUUUUCUAUACUUCAAUUUUAUAAUCACAUGAUAGGUGUGACUGUUGCCCUUGCUGACCCAGCUUGAACUGGACUAUAUAAAUGUGAUACUCUGAGUUCUAGGACAUUCUGACAAGCAGCAAGGGCAUCAAUAGCAAAAAAAAAAAAAGGUUUAUUUUGGUCUUUGUUCACACUAUUACAUCACCGCAUGACUGAUCUACCUUUCCUCCAGAAAAAAAAUAGCUUGGAAAGGACUUAAAAAUCUGUUUUACUAAAGGUUUUUAAACCAGGGAAUAAAAUAGUUUAAAUUACAAGGAAGUUGAUUUAUACUGGGCAUCUGGAAAAAAAUUCUAACAUUAAAUACUAAUCCAGUUGGCUGAACUACAGAUGUCUGAGGUUGCGCUACAUAUGGUAGUAAUACUGUACAUUAGGUAACAGCUGAAAUUGCACAAUGCUCAUUGUCAACUCUGACCAAAAUACCUACUAAGUGAACAUGCCGAUCUGAUAGGGCUAUGCGUUUCUUUUUUGUUUUAAUUAAAAUUAGUGAUCCAAUACGAUUAAUUAUUAAAUUCGGUGGAUUUAGCCAGACAUAUUUUAAAAUGAGGACAUUCUUCUUUAAAGUGCUGCCCAUUCGGAAGUAAGUUCUAUUCGCAGUGCUUCUCAACCCUGGCAAUUUCAAGAGGACUGGACUUCAACUCCUAGAAUUCCCCAGCCGAAAAGCCCGGCCGCGUAGCAAUGACGGCGCCGACCGACAAGGUGAACUCGGCGUCUCCGGCUUCAAGGGCGUUGCCGCCUUUCCUUGUGCGCUUGGCCCGCCUUUUCCCGCCUGCCAGAGCCGAGAGUGGCUGACCCAGGAGAUGCUCUGCCCUUGCCUUGGUGACGCAAAUGCUGACGUCUCUGGUCACAUUCCUGUCCGGGAAGCUUUGCCUUUUCCUUCUGAGCCCAGAAGCCGGUGCCUUCCGCCGUGCAGCCGCCGCUCUUUGCAGGAUGAAGAUCUGGAGCUCGGAACACGAAUUCGGGCAUUCAUGGGACACUGUAAUAAAAGCUGCAAUGAGAAAAUACCCCAAUCCUAUGAACCCAUCAGUGGUAGGAGUUGAUGUCCUGGACCGAAGCCUUGAUAAUCAAGGAAGAUUACAUAGUCAUCGAUUACUUAGUACAGAAUGGGGUCUACCAAAUAUUGUUAAAGCUAUUUUGGGAACAAAUAGAACUGUUACAUACAUUAAAGAACAUUCAGUAGUUGAUCCAGUGGAAAAGAAAAUGGUAUUGAGUUCCACAAAUAUAACGCUUACAAAUCUUGUAUCAGUGGACGAACGAUUAGUUUAUACACCUCAUCCUGAAAAUCCUGAAAAGACUCUUCUAACUCAAGAAGCAAUUAUUACAGUAAAAGGUGUUAGUCUCAGUAGUUAUCUGGAAACUUUAAUGGCCAAUACAAUAUCCUCCAAUGCUAGAAAGGGGCGUGAAGCUUUAGAAUGGGUGAUUGGUGAACUAACUUCAACACGAGACAGUAUGAAAUCAACAAUGGCAGCUGCUUCAAUGGAAGAUUGAUGAACUGUCACAAUCUUUAUUUUUCCAUUUAAUUUUUUGUUAUUGUUGCUGAGGCAAAUACUCCUUACUUUUUUGAUAUACAUAUAUAGGCAGGCAGGCAGAGAGAAUGAGUUUGUUAAUUUAUAAUCAGUUUUACAGGACACUUUUUUUCCUUAACACUGAAGCAUUUGGGGGACCCACCGCAUAAUAAUUAAGCUUAUUUUUAUGUUUUUGUAUGGAUUCAAGAUAUAAUUACAUAAUUCCCCUCAGGACAGUGACCUCAAAGUCAAGGUAUUUGCAUGGAUUUCAAACUGAAAGAAUGGUUGAAGAUUAGUCUACAUAAAUACCAAGCUGUGUUUUGAUAAAAAGAGCUAUGUGAGUACACUUUUGAAUGUGCUGCUUUUUGCUGCUUGAAUCUUAGCAUUUAUUUUUUUAAGUAGUUGUAGUUCUUUGGUGAAGUACACAGAUACCAAAAAUAUGGAGAUUCUGUCAACCUGUUGUAGCUAUUUAUUUGAGGGGGUGGGGGUGGAAUGCAGUCCAAAAUAAUGUUUUUCAAAUUUGAACAACUUUAAGAUAUGUAUACUUCAAUUCCCAGAAUUCUGGGAGUUGAAGUCCACAUAUCUUAGUUAUCAAGUUUGAAAAACAUUGAUCCAGAAGAGAUAUACUGUACAGGCAUGUUCUGAUUAAUCUCCUUAAUUUUGCAGCAUGGCCUCUUGUUUUAAAGAAGCCUGUUUGGAGAAUAUACCAAGCAGUGCUCCCUGGCAAGUUACAUUGUUUGUUUCAGGUUUCUGUGGUAUUAUUUUUGCACUGUUUGUAGAGGGCUGAACAAGAAAUGCCAACAAUUUACCUCUUUAUUUAUAUUCAAAGCACUGCUAAAGUAGGGAAGCAGAUAUUUUGCUACAAGAUAGUAAUCUGAAUAUUUUCUUGCCAGCUGAUAUAUAGUGCAUUAUUUAUUUUGAAAUGGAUUUGUUCUAAUCAUUUGUGAAAAGCCAACUAAUACCUCAGAGGGAAAUACUAGAAAUAAAAAGCCGGUACAUAUAUUUUCAUACACUUAGGAUAACUUGCUUGUUUAGGUUAUUAUUUCACAUUAUGGAUUAGAAGGUUGCAAAAAGGUUUUCUAUACCAGUCUGUAUUUCACAUCCUGCUUUAAGAAUUGGGUUUAUCCUGUCCUUAGAACUGUAUUUUUGAUAUGUUGUGAAACUCAAGUUAUUGCUCUUUGGAGCCAAUAACCUUCAUAAAGUUAGUUCAAAUAUUGGUUCCAAAUUUCAAAAAAAUGUUCUUUCUAAUACAAAUUAGAAUUGUGUGGCUCAGUGGCUAAGACGCUGAGCUUGUCGAUCAGAAAGGUUGGCAGUUCAGCAGUUCGAAUCCCUAGUAUAGGUCCCCUGCAUGAACAGAGGGUUGGACUAGAUCACCUCUAAGGUCCCUUCCAACUGUUACUGUUAAUGCUGUUAGAAAUAGUUUUAUUAAUGAAGACGAAUUGGAGAUCAGCUGUUUUAAGUUAUGACAGGAGCCUGUAAUUUUAUAUCUCAGAGAGGAUGCAGUAAAAAUUGCCCUGAAUAUUACAAAGCUUUCAUGAAAUAGAAUUAGUUUUCAGUCAUUUUUAAAGCUAAGUUUUGUUUGCAUAUUAUUACAUUUCAUGUAAUUUAAGUUUUUAUAUUUUUACAAGUAAUUCCCUAAGGAAUGAAAACUUGUUUUGUGAUAUUUUCUCUAGAAAUUAGAAGCAGGAAACAUUUUAAGUCAAUAGUAUAUCCGAGUAAUUUCAAAGCUUUAAAAGGGGAAGGUGUAAGCCACACAAUUACUUUAUUUCCAGAGUUUUUUCAGAGGAACACACACUGAAGAAUGCCUUUACUAUAGGAAAACUGCAAUCCUAUUCCCUAUCUGCAACCCUGCUAAAUUAUUUCUGUUGCCAAGGCUUUUCCAGUCUAUAGAUUUAUUUAUACCACUAUUCUACAUUUACUCACUCAUUUGUUGGCAUUACAAUAUAAUUAGCAACACUAAUGGCAGGAAGAGUGUCAAAAUGUGCAAGAUGGUGGAUGCAGCAUUGCUGUCUUACUGAUUUGGAAAUUUCCUAUGAAUCCUGCUGAACAAAGCCCUUCACUAAGAGAAAGGAAGAGCAAAAUGUUACUGAUAUCCAGCUUACUCCAACUUAUGCUCUAACAGAGUAAAAUAGAUAAAGGGGAAUUGGCAAGGAAAAUAAUAGUCUUUAAGAUUGUAUUUUCAGUUUAACUGAAGAAGUAUAGCCACUUCCAGCAAUUAAUAGUGACUGUAUGCAGGUGCCUUUUCAGGUUCAUUAUUUGCCAAUGUUAGUUGCAUGUUCAAAUGUUUAGUUCAUAAUGUCCUUGAAUCCAUUUGGUCCUUAAUUGAUCUUGUAACCUCUUCCUUAUUUGCAUGUGUUUUUUGUUUGCAUUUAAAAAUUCCUCGAUGUAAAUGAAGACAAAGCUAUGUAUCUUCAAAAGAUGUAGAAGUAUUUGGAAUGCCAUGACCAGAGACAUCUGUGCAAAUUUUAUUUUCUACCUGAUUGGCAAUUAAAAUAGAAAAAUACUAUCUUCCCUGAUAAUGGGGUCCAGUUUCUAGAAUAAAGAAAUCUUGAUUUUAACAGA